CCUCUUACAUAGUCUGGACGCUUGAAAAAUCCCUGCCACAUCACUGCCACGAGGCUUUCCCUCAAUUCAGAAAAUGCAGAAAGUCUUUCUCAAAAAACAACCAUAACCAUGUUCCUAAUGGAUGGGUGUCUCAGCUGCAGAAGAAACCAGUGAGAAGAACAGACUGGAAUGAAGGAAAAGAGGAGGAGAUAAAAAAGCAGAGAGAGGGAGAGGAAGAGAGAGAGAGAGAGAGACUGGGGGUGAAAAAACAACAGGAAACCAAACGAUUCUAAUGCUGUUCCUCCAAAUCAGCUCACACAAUUCAGCAGAGUGCCAGGAGGAACAUCUUUUCUCAGCUCAUCUCCUGAGGAACUAACCAUGUAAAAAGAGUUGAAGUUUGAAAAGUGACGUCAGCACCAACUGUGUGGUCUGUCAGGGUGCGAGCGGAUGCAGGCAUUUGGGAGCUGUGUGCUGAGGUUCCUGUGUGGCGGCUGCCUUUUGACCUACCAUCUCAAUUUUAGUUUUUGGGCUCAUAUGGAUGAAUUCUGGUGGUUUCAGGAAACGUUCUGUUGUAAUCCUCGGGACUACUAACUGGAGCCCACAUGAAGAAUAAAGGAAACAAGCAGAAGACCAAAAAGAAAGGAAGUGAGAAUGUGUUCGGCUGUGACCUGACAGAACAUCUCCAGGGCUCAGGACAAGAUGUUCCUCAGGUUCUCCAGAAGUGUGCAGAGUUUAUUGAGCAGUAUGGGAUUGUGGACGGGAUCUACAGACUCUCAGGGGUCACCUCAAACAUCCAACGUCUCAGGCAGGAAUUCUGCUCCGAGGCGUGCCCUGACCUUACCAAGGAAGUAUACCUCCAGGACAUCCACUGUGUGGGUUCCUUAUGUAAGCUCUACUUCAGGGAGCUGCCCAAUCCUCUGCUCACAUAUGAGCUCUACAGCAAAUUCACUGAGGCUGUGUCGUUUCAAGCAGAUCAAGACAGACUUUCACAUAUCCAGACAGUUAUCAAAGAACUUCCGUCCCCUCACUUCAGGACUCUGGAAUACCUUUCCAAGCACUUGGCCCGACUUGCUACCUUAAGCGCCCAGACAAAUAUGCACACGCGUAAUCUGGCUUUGGUUUGGGCUCCAAAUCUGUUAAGGUCCAAGGACAUUGAGACUUCAUCUGGUAAUGGAGACAUGGCCUUCCAGGAAGUGCGAAUACAGCAGUCAGUGAUUGAGUUUAUCUUAAACCACACAGAGCAGCUCUUCAGUGGUGAUUCUGAUCAAAUAAAACCCAAAGAAGGACCGAGUUUGAUGUGUGCAGAGAAAUACGCCACUCUCCCAAUCAGUGGUGGGAGUGGGCCGAUGAAACUGAUGAGUCUGGAAGAAGCCCAGGCCCGCUCCUUAAGUCCAAAUCACCCAGUGCACAAAGAACGUCAGCGAGAGAACAGCCUACCUGAUACCAGCACUGCAUCGCUCUAUCACACGGUCAUAGAAAUAUCAGACAACAAGAGGAGGUUCUCUGGAAAAUCUAAAAAGUGGAAGUCUAUCUUUAACCUCGGAAGAUCUGUGGAGUCAAAGGGAAAACUCAGCCGCAAUGGCAGUGUGUUCAUCAGAGCACAGGGAGCAUCAGAAAAGGCAGCUUUGCGUCCUUCCAGAAGCAUGGAGUCCUUGUGCUCCUCAUCUCCAGAUGAUGACGGGGCAAGAAGCAAUACCUCAGCUGAUGGAUCCAAUAGUAUUUUUAUGCCUGAUGUGAAAUCCAGAACACUGGGAUCUGAAUCCCUCCAUGAUCUGAACGAACAUAACCAAAACUGGGAGAUGAAAGCAAAGAGAGGUGGUGCAAAGGCCGGCUGGAGCGCUGGCCUGAACCAAAAAGACUCACCCGGAGCUUCCGCUUUUCAGAAAACAAUGCCAGAACAACUCAAGGUGUUCAAAGGGGAUGACCUCAGCAACUACAAACCGAGUUCUCCGAAAAGCAGGAGGAUGCUGUACUCUGGCUCCUCCCGGCCCUCGUUCCCAGGCAGCUUCUUUCCACUGGAGUCUUCGCCGAGGCACCAACGCAGAGCCGUCAACAUAUCUGAGCCUUUUGCUGUGUCCGUGCCCUUACGUGUGUCUGCUGUUAUCAGCUCCAACAGCACGCCUUGCAGGGGGCUCAACAAAGAGAAAGCAGCCACUUUGAAACCUUGCAGGGAGCCUACAGAGCAGAGCAGCCACUUUAAAAAGAGCAACACGUUCCCUCUGCUGGAGCCGAAAAGGCAGGAAGGAACAGAGAAGAAGCACACCGAGGUUCUGACCUUCAGAGUGUCGCCAGAGGAUAAAGACAAAAAAACGUUGCUAAAAAACGAAGGAGAAAAGAUUGUUUCUAAACUGGAAGAGCUGCCUAAUGCACAAAAAAGUGAAGACAAAGAAACAGCGCCAUCUUCUGGGGAAGACAUUCUCAAUCUCCCUGAAGAUACACAACUGGAUGUUGGACCUGCUGCUGGGAAAAUGCUUUGGUCUGACCUCCAUCAAGAGCUGAUGAUAACUGAGCCUGAAAUCAACCUGCUGCAUAAGACUUUUAAACCGGCUUUUGCUUCAACAAGCACCAAGUUAACAAUGGACGUCAAGUCAAAGCGAAGCCGCAGCUCUCCCUCUUUAUCUUUGCUUUGUAAGGAGACUUCGUCGAACCCCUCUUUGGGUGAGCGUGUAACUGCAAAUAGACCUGACUCAAAAAGGAAACAGCCCUCGGAAUCAGACCUGUUGUUUUGUGUUCACAAAAACUUUGAAGUUCAAAUUUCAAGCACAUUAGAUGCAAAAGAGAAGCUGAAACCUUUACAUAAAAGUGCACCAGCUUACACCAGCCAGUGCCAGGUUCCUAGGAGGGAAACCAUGGUAGACUGUGUUAGAAAUCCUUUAACGAUAGAGGACGCCCCACAGGUCGCAACCUUCUCAGACAGUGCAGACAGACAAUCUGAGAAACAAGAGGACUCAAAAAUAUCACAGGACAAAGUAAAGAAAAGUGUAAAUCCUGAGGUGGAACCCUGCCAGAGACUCCCGGUGUGUUUAGAGGAGAGACGAAACACGCCAGAACUGGCAAACUUUGAUGAUGAAGAUGUAUUUGGAAUGAACCUGGAGGAGCUGGACUUGGUGGAGUCCUGGGAGGAUCUUAGCUCCACCAAGCAGUGGGUUACUAGUCCUCUGCACUCACCUGAUGUUGAGGAGCUGUUUAACCAGCUUUCCCCCUUCAGUUCAAAGGGAGAAACUCCAAACCCAGAGGUUUCAUCUCCUGUAAACGUUCCUCAGAAUGUUGGAGCUAAUCCAGAAAUUAAAUGGACAAAUCUGCCAUUGGUGCCUAGACGAACGAGUUUGAACAACAAUAAUGCAACCCAACCUCCAACAGCAAAGAGCAGCACAACAAAACCAAAGAAUACAGCAUCAUCUCAGAGAUUCAUCAGGCAAAUGUCAUGUGAGACAACAGUGCCAGAGAAAAAAGAGGAGAAUGGCUCUUUCAGACAAAGACCCUGCUCCCUUAACUUAGACCUUAGCCAUCGAUGCAUAAGAGACAUUUCAAACCAGCAAAAUCACAAGUCGUCUGAGUUUUUUUCUGGUCCAAAAGGCUUGCUGGCCGCUUCUGCAACUGUGAAUAAAGGACAUUCUGAGUUGGAUCUGUUUCUAAAUGACAGACAAGCACCUCUCCGGCGAAACUCUGCCCCAGUCAGUGUGUCAUCGGUGCGGACAGCCUUCAUGAUAAAAACAUGUCAGGUCAAAGCUGUGCCCGUUGUCCCUCCACAGGUGCAGUACAGCCAGAUACCUCAAACAAGGCAAGAAAGUGAUUCUGGCACUGUGAAGGAGCAAGAAAAGGGAUUCCCAAAGACAAGCACAGACACAAGCACUGCCAUCCCGCCUAUGAUGAUGUCGAACCUAAAGGAGGAACUGGAGAACAAAGAGCCACCCCCUAAACACCAAAAGCAUGCAAAUGUUCAGAAAUCUGCUGAAGCUGGGAAGAAUGCCACCCCGGAGCUGCCAGUCAUAACUAGGAGACAUGCCCCGAGUCUGGAAGUGUUUGUAGACGGUCCUAGACCCAACAGAGGAGCGCUGCUACAAAGGCCGUCCUUUAGAAACCGGCAGAGACCUCAGAGCCUCAUCCUUCUCAGCCCCCCUUUCCCUUUCAUGGACUAUCCAACAUCAGGGGACGAUGGCAAGCUGCUAUCAUCCAUCAAGAGUCUAAAUGACACAUCGGCGCUCAGUGUCUUUUCCAAAGAGAUGACUGAGAACUUCAGGACACAAGAGGGACUCGCUCUGCAGAAUAAAAUGACGAUUCCGAAAAGCGGACAGAGACUAGAAACAUCAACCAGCUGCUUCUACCAGCCUCAGAGGAGGUCCAUGAUAUUUGACAGCAGGAGUCCCAGGCAGAUCGAAUGACUGCAAGUGGACCUGUAUGUAAAUAGGUGCAGUUCAUAAAGUAUCUUUGGAACAAAGAAAAGAUCAUGAUAAUAGUCUAUGGGAUGAAGCUAAAGUUUACCAAAAAUCAAAAAGAGGAAGCCAUAACUCAGAUUUCUCUGAUAUGUGAGACUAAGAUCAUUAUUUUUUGUUCAUUCUCUUAGUCCUCACUGGUAUUUUUUUAAACAUGUAAUCAUAUAUUUUUAUCAAAUGAUAUUUUUAUUCCCAGAUAGAGUUUCAAAUUAAGUUACAGCAUAAAAGUACCAAGUAUGACAUUAUGACCACUGACGAAAUAAAUGACAUCAAAUUUCUCUUCAUCAUCUCACUUGAUAGAGGGCUGAAUAUAGGAGGUAGCAAGUGAACUUUGUGUUAAUCAAGGUUUAGUUAGAAGUAGGAAAAAUUGGCAAAAAUAUGCAAGUAAAAUAAUUUGUCCAAAUUAUGGUGGCUACCAUAAUUUGGGUCAGAAUACUGGAGGUUUUUCGGUCUGCAGCGGUCAGAAUCUGCCCAAAUUGUCCAAACAUUAAGUUCAGUAGAGGGCUGUAUAGCUGCAGAUCAGUCAGGGUGCCUGUGCAGAUCAUAAAGUUAUGUUUGAAGAGUUUGAAAUCUGCACAGAGUUUGCAGCUUUGAGCUUAGUACAAACACUUUAGACUCAACUGUUCUACUAGAUAAUAAAUCAGAUAAAUCAGAUCCAAGAGAGCAUGUGCCAUGACUGCUGAUAACAUUUAGGCUACUGUAAUAUGCUAACUUGAUGGCAAGAUGACCUUUCACUGAGUGAGAAUGACAUAUGUAAAAAAAAAAAAAAAAAAGCAGGAAGCAGGUUCUAUCCUAAGAUGUGCACAAAUUCCACGCAUUCAAUUCAGAACAAACUGAAGUCAAUCACAUAUUGCUCUUUUUUCAGAAAUUAGCUCUGCAGCAUAUGGUAGUUAAACUCACUAACUGCCCCCCCUCCCUUCAAAAAAACAAAAAACUUUUGAGAACAAACUCACACAAAGCAAUGAUCACAAGAAGACAUAUUCACCUCUACAAUACUUGCAGGACAUGAGCAUUUUUGUUGAUCACAACGCAAACACUAGAUGGAGCCAGAUGAUCCAGAUUUAGGCCUGUGGCAUGUAUUACAAGCUCUGAUAUCACCUUUUGCAUGCAGGGGAAAUGUUCCUGUAAGUGAAAGGUCUCUGACACUGAAACGUGCAAACACAGUUUAUAUUCUGUAGCUUGUUGAGUUCAAGUUAGUCCCAAUCCAUUAAAAUCCAAAAAUGAUCCAAUAGUUUUGCCUCCUCUGGGAGCUACAGGGAUGGAGCAGGAUUAUUUUAGAAGCAUACAAAAACCUGAUGUAAUGUUUUAUAGUUGAAACAUAAAGGAAGAUAAAGCGCUACAACACAAAAACAGUGUGUUAAAUAGGAAAUUAAUUGUCUACUGAAGAAGGACAACUGAAGUCCUAAAGGAAAAUAUCAAUUAAAACAGUUUUUAUGAAGCAAACUAUUCAUCCCUGAAUUUAAAUUUAAAUUAAAAUUUUCCUUUCAAUCAACUGACUCUUAUGACAUUAAUUAUUUUUUUUAUACGAACACUUAGCAAGACUGGAUCUGUGGCACACUGACGUCAAUGUAAUUUUGUUCAACUCAUAUUUAAAUGAUUUUAUUUCCAGAAUUUUAAUAACAGUAUUUACCAGCUGAAGGAGUGUAAGUAAUGUGUAUCUUGAUUGUGUCAGAGUUACUUCAGUAAGUUUUUUUUUUAUACUGUUGUUUUGGAAUAUAUGUUGUAAUAUGACAAAUGAAAAGUGAAUAAAAGUGAAGUUAAAGAGCUGUUUAUCAGACAGUAAAGUUGUAGGCUGCCUCUGUGCAAGCUGACUGUAUUCACUUUGGAGCUUGAAGGUGCUUUAAGUCAAAGUCAGAUUUUGCCAUCUCCAGAUUUUUUCCUCUCUUCUGAUGAGUUCAGCAGAUCACUUGUAAAUGCACAGGAUUGCUUCUUUAUGUUGAACAUACUUUGAGUGCUAUUGAGCUGACAUUGUUUUUUUUUUUUUUUUUGUUACCACAGUUUGGAUGAGCAGGAUGAUUGAGUGUAUCUUUAAACUGAGCAUCUAAUGUUUCCUGUUGGUUUUCAUAACUCCUGUUUGCUUGUUGAGACGGACAAGAAUUCAAUAUGUUGUAUGAAUUUACAUAAAAAAACGUAUCAGUGUUAAAGAUUUUGAGGUGAAAGUCUUUUGAUGAUAGCACCUGCAGUAAUGUACAUAUUAUUACUGAUUUUGUUACAAAUCAUCAGAAUAAAAAAAAUUAAAGUAUAGUGACAAUAAAUUUGUUGAACUGAUAUAUUUUUUUAUAUUUUUAUGUGACAUCUCAUGUAAAUUCAGUGCUUUCUGAAAUUAUUUUCAUUGUUGGCACUGCUAUUAAAGAUAUAAGAAAAGGCUUUAAAAUAAAUUUCUUCAGUUGGUGCAAUA